AUGUCCCCCGAACCAAAAUACUCCCCCCAAGACGUCCCCUUCAUCAAGAAAGGCCGGAACCGCCUCGCCGGCACCCGCAUGAAGCAGCUCCUGCGGGCCGCGGAGCGCGCGCACGAUGACCCCCCUCCGCAGUCUGGGGAGUGCUGUGGGAGCGCGUGCGAUCCGUGCGUGACGACCCUGUGGGCGGAGGAGCUGGCCGUUUGGAGGGAGAGGUGGGGGGAGGGGGCGGUGGAGGAUGCAGCCGCAGCUCUCUUCAUCGAAAGAGAUUCGAGCUGGCCGUGGGCAGAUGAUCUGCUGUUCAUGGCCUCGACUGUCGGUGGUCUGUGCAAAGAUAGCAGUUCUGAAGAGUCUACGACGAACUCAGAAGACGACAUACGAGCACAGCUGAUACACUGGACUAUUAAUGGGGAGAUGACCAUGAUAUGCAAUUGA